AUGCAAUUUAUAUAAGAAAAUUAAAAUCUAAGAAGCAUAUAGGUUGAUACUUUGAAAAUUACAAAAGGAUUAGCCUAAUAAUAUAUCAAUCCUGUCUAAAUAAAAUAUUGUUAACAUGUUAGAGAUUGCUUUGAAUUAGAUGAGGUAGUGAAAUAAUUCAAUAAUCAUUCUAAUUUUAUUUGCGAAAUUUGUAAAUAGUCUGCAAAUACUAUUGCUGAUCUAGUUUGGGAUGUUAGAUAUCAUGCGUAUUAAGAAUUUCAUAAAUCUGUUGAUACCAUUCAUAUCAUUAAUGGAAUAUUAAUAAACUAUUAUUGGAGAAAGGAUAUAUACUUAAAACCCUUUUAUAAUGUCUAGAUACGAGACUGGUUUUUGAAAUCAUAUUAGAAAAAUGAAAUAUUCGAUUAUUCUAGCAAAUCAUAUAAUGGGAAUAUAGAAUUUUUAGGUUUCUGUCUUCUAGAUAAUGUAUAAAUUAAUAUACCAGUAAGAAUAAGAGGAUGUACUCAUUUAGAGUGCUAUGAAUUAACAAGUCUAUUACAUCUUCAAAAUAAUAAUUCGCUGAAUCCAAAAACUUUUAAAUGUAAUCAUAAAAAAUGUGGUCAGAAGUUAGACAUCUCAAGUUUAGAUACAUUCUUUAGCUAAAUUUAUAUUGAUGUAUAACUUCUUAAAAUGAUCAAAAAGAGUAAUAGGAUUUCAAUAAAAAUAAAAUAUAAUAAAUAAACUUAAUCCCUUGAACCUCAAAUUUAGAGUUCGAUAAGGGAACUUUUUGAUGAAUUCUAGAAUAAAUACAGCUAAUAGAGAAUAGAAUUAGACGAAUUGUAAUGUUAGAACCUUGAAUAGUUCUUUUCUCCGAUUUUACAAAAUAAUCUAAUGCAAGAAGAUGAAGUGUUAAAGAAAAAGCUAAUAAAAAACUGCUAAUCUUCAUAAUCAAUAUCAAUGAUUGAUUAAAUAACAUAAUUGCCAUUCGAAAUUCCCACCAGAUGCAAAUAUUGCACAGACUUGAAUAAAUCGUUAGAUUUAAAAACGUAUGUCUUUGAUUUCUUUUUAAAAAAGAAGCUGAAUAAAAAUGUAUAUAAAUAUUAAUGCCCUUUAUGCAACCACAGUUAAUUGUAGACAAUUUAGGUUGCGAAUUUAAAUAAAUACAUAUAUAUUGACUCAUUUUUAAUAAAAUAAAUGCGAAAAUUUUUUAAUGUUGGAGUGGUUUAAAGUCAAUCAAAUAUCAAACGAUUAGAUUCUGUUGUCUUUGAUACAGUUUCAUUAUUGAAUCCCUACACCAAUGUUAGAUAUGCAAAUCCAGCUUUAACUAAAGGUUGUAUACAUCACAAUUUUUGCUUCGAAAUGGAAGAGGCGUUAGAAGAAAUUUGGGACCAUAAUUUUUAUCAAUGUCCACAGUGUACUAGUUUAGCAUAUAGUCCAAAUGAUUUAGUUUAUGAUUGGAGAGUUAAUGCUUAUAAAGAAUUUAACGAAUAUACAAAGGAUGUAACAAUAAUUGCAGGGAUUGUGGUUAAUCAAUACACAAGAAAUAAAAGGAGAUAUUAGGAGUUUUUCACCUAGACUGAAUACAUAACUCAAUUUAAAUAAAUGUUUGACAGAGUUUCCAAAGACAGUUCAAUAUCAACAUUGAUUUAAAAAGACUUAUAAUAAUAGAAUUCAAACAAAUAACAAAAAAUUAAUUUUUGGAGUUUUUGUUUGUAAGACAAAGUGAACAUAAAUAUCCCUGUGAGAAUAUUGGGAUGCAAACAUUAUGAAUGUUAUGAAUUAACCAGUUUACUAUUCUAUUAGGAAUAAAACAGAAAAAAAAAAGAAUUCCUGGAAUGUAAGCAACCAGGGUGUUCAAAUCGAUUGAGAAUUGCUCACAAGGACUAUACUAAGUAAUAUAAUACUCCAGAAAUGGAGGAAUAAGAGAAAAUUCUUGAUGUCUAAAUAUUAUUUUCUGGCAUUCGUGUAGAUUAGGAGUUAUUAACUGCAAUCAAAAUAAGUAACCCCAGUUCAUACAAAUUUAAAUAUAAUUACUAUAAUCAAAUAAUUGAAGAAGAUAUAAAUUUAGUAUAGGGCAGGUUAGUUGAUCCAUUUAUUUACAAAUUUUAUGAACAACAUCCUGAUUUAUAAAAUAAAAUGUAAUUCUAAGAUUUCCAAAAAUUAAUUUCAUAACAGGCAAUACAAGUAAGUCAAGGAGAUCUCUUAUAAGAAGAUUAGAAAUUAAGCAAAUAAGUGGCAUUAUAUAGAUACAGAAAUUAUACUGUGAAUAUGAAAGAUAAAUUCACUGAACUUACAAUAGAAUAUCCAGUAAGAUGUAAAAGUUGUAAAAAUCUGGAGGUUUGUAUCGAUAUGAGGAGUUAUAUAGCAGAAUUUAAUUAUUAAAUAAAAAUGUUUCCAACAAAAGCUUUUUCCUGUCCAUUAUGUAAACACUAAUUAAGUAAAUAAACCCUUAGCAUGAAGAUUUAAAAUUACAUAUAUUUAGAUUCAAACAUGCUUUCAUUCAUGUUUAAGGACAUGUCUUAUGUUAAUGGAACAAAUAUUUUUGAAUAUUAAGGAGAAUAAUAUAUUUUCUAAGAAUUUCUGGAUAGAUAAAAGAUCAAAAGAGAAACUUACGUUGCAGGGUUACAAGACAAAAAGGUUUUAUUUAGACAACUUUUUUGUUUAGUUAAUCCAAAUUAGAAAAUUAAAUAACCUUUAAUUCUCUAAAAAUGUCCAGAUAGAAAUAUUGUUGAUUUUACAUCAUUUUAUGAAGAAUUAAAGAAAAUAAAUUUUGAUUACGAAAAUUAUGGGCUAAUAUUAUGUAAAUGUGCCUUUUGUGGUUUUAAUCCGAUUAAGACCUUUGUAGGAAACAUCUAUUUUCAUGAAGCUUUUUAUGAAGCUCUCAAUAAAUUUUAUAAAAUUGAGGAAUUAAAAAAUGAUACAGAAUUCUCCUAUUAGUUUGAGGAUACUGAAUAAAAGAGUUAUGUUAUCAAUAAGCAAUAGCAAUAUAAAAUCAAAUUAAUAAUGGGAUGA